AUGGACUACAUAUACACUCCAUUGAAUUCCGCCUCUAAUGACAUCCGCCUGGUAACGCUGCUCCCGGGGACCCUCCAUCAACCGCUUCGCAUUAACCUUACUACCAAACCACUACACCCCACCCCCAAACAAGAUUCGCACCGAUUGCCUCUAGGCGAGCUACGAAAAUCCCUUCCUGGCGGAUGGGAAGCGCACGAAACACUCGAAGGACGGAUUGCCUUUCACCACUCAGACUUGGAUGUCGUAACAUGGGACCAUCCAGUGCCGAGCUUUGAGAGACCUCUGUAUGAUACUCCCGAACUAGACGAUUUCGCUCUGUCGCCCUCAUACGAGGCACUGUCUUACGUAUGGGGCUCUUCCGAUAUGUCUGCUGAGGUUGUAAUUGUGUCGAUGAGCGACCUCGAUGAAGUUCUGGGCAUCGUGCGCAUCACUGCUAAUCUAGACGCCGCCCUCCGCCAUUUGCGAUUUGAGGAUCGACCGCGGACACUGUGGAUCGACGCAAUAUGCAUCAAUCAAGGAGACUUGAACGAAAGGUCCGAGCAGGUUCAGCGGAUGGCCCAUAUCUACACCCAGGCGAAGAGAGUCGUGGUUUGGCUGGGGGAAGCUUCGUCGGAUAGCAAACUUGCCCUGAACAGCUUGUGCCACCUCGGGCGCCAGAAUAUCAUCACCAAGAGCAAUUUUGGGUUCCGAGCACCACAGGCAGAGCACCCCGACUGGUGGUUGCCCUCCUUCGACAUCCCCUUCGAUGAAAACACGUGGAAAGCCAUCUCCAGUCUAUUGGACAGAGCCUGGUUUCAGCGCCUCUGGGUCUUCCAGGAGAUCCAGCUGGCGACUCCGCGCGCGGUGCUCCAAUGCGGACAAGACGAGGGCUCAUGGGCGGAUCUCCGUGCCUCCAUACUUUGUCUGAAGGAAAAGAACCAGACCUUCCUACCCGAGGUGGUCUCCAACCUCCGUAAACACUUCAUGCUAUGUCUGGAUUGGCGCGGCGAGAGCUUCCCUCUGAUGAUGAACUCCGUCCGGCGACGUCUCUGCAGCGAUGAACGCGACCUCGUAUACGCGCUUGUGGGCCUGAUGACCCCCACGUUUGCCUCCCUGAUCCGCCCCAACUACCGCCUUCCAGCUCGCGAGGUCUACAAAGACGUCUUUCUGGCCCACGUCAAGGCCACACAGCGACUGGAGCUGAUAUCCUACUGCGGUCGCGGGGCUGAACUCGGCUCCCCGACCUGGGUCCCUAACUGGGUUGUCCGAGACCAAUACGACCCGAACCGUGGACUGGCCAGCGGGAUCUCCCCGGCUGUGUUUUCGACCCCGACACCCGACAUCCUGGAGGUCAGUGGGGUGUCAUGCGGUAGGAUCUCCCAUGUUGGCGGCCUCGCCGAAGGCGAGGCAGACGAGCGCGUGGAAAUGGCCAGAACCUGGUACCGGGAGUGCACCUCCUGGCUCGAGGAGUCCGGCUUCCGGGGAAAUUCCGACGUGCCAUUCCGGGACGCGUUUGCGUCCAUGCUUCUUGAGGGCGGCGUGGGCGAUGUCUACCCCGAGAUUAUCAGCGUCACUUGUCGUGAAUGGAGCGAGAAAUGGGUCGCACACUGCGAGGAGAACCGCAAGGUGUCUGUCGACGACGUCAUGUCUGAUCCUGAAUUCUUCCGGUGUGCACAAUUGAUCAUUUGGAGUCGGUUUGUCGCGACAGCAGAGGGAUACAUUGGUCUGGCACCACGUGCGACUCAGCCUGGGGAUAUCAUCGCCGUCUUCUUGGGAUCGAACACCCCGGUUGUUCUGCGCCCGGAGGGCGAUCGGCGCUUCGCUGUCAUCGGGUCUUGCUACGUGCAUGGGCUGAUGCAUGGUGAGGGCGUCCUGGGCAGAUUCCCGCCCGGCUGGAAGGGUAUCUUCCUCAUGGACGAGAACGGCUUGGACAGACCGUGUUAUCGCUGCGAGGAGUCGGACAGCCCGGAUGGCCCGGUCACAACAGAAGAAGACCCACGAUUGGGACCUGUACACCCUCCAUUCGAGCGCGUCGCGUCACAGCGGAUUCCUGAUGAUCCGACCAACUUUGUUCGAUUUCGAAACGGCGAGACAGGAGAGGUCAUUAAUCACGAUCCGCGAUUGACGCUAGAAGCAUUACGCGAGAGGGGAGUCAACGUGGAAACGUUCCAGCUGGUAUAG